UCGACAGACUCAGCUAAAAAUGCUUUUGGGGCAAGUAGCAACGUUAGACAGGUACAUUAACACCGUAAAACCAGAGUUUGGUUAAGUGUUUGCCUGCUUGUGACAGAAUAGCUGACCGGAAAUACGGAAUGUACGGUCGCCGUACUCCGUUAAUAAAAUAAAGUAGUUUAAUGUAGCCCUCCUCGCCUUGCUCCUGUAUUUUGAUGGAAGAAGAGCGACGGUGUGACGGUUGAACAAGUUUGAAUUUUACUGGAGUAAGUGUUGUUUUUUAGAAUUUAGUGUAUGCCGAGUUAACAACUGGAUUCUACCAAUCCUCAGACUUCGUAUCUCAUUCUCUGUCAAGUCUUCUGAAGCAGAGUGGACGGAGUCUGCACUCUUACACUGAGAGAAAAACAUGCCGUCCAACAAGUCUGUGUCUGACGCUCCAAUCACUCAGUUCAUCAACUGCAGAAUACUGAGAGACCACAGGCUGCAGAGAGAGGACCUGUGGGUGCGUGACGGAAGAAUCUUAGAUCCAGAGAAGCUGUUCUUUGAUGAGCAGGGUUACGCUGACAAACGUGUGGACUGUGAAGGCAGCAUCAUCGCCCCGGGCUUUAUAGACGUUCAGAUCAAUGCAGUGUGUCCUCUCCCUGCAGGAGGAUACGGCAUCGACUUCUCUCAGGCCUCCGAGGAUGUCAGCAGUGGCGUUUCUUUUGUGGCCAAAAAGAUCCUAGAGCACGGCGUGACCUCCUUCCUCCCAACGCUGGUCACCUCUCCUCCUUCGGUCUACCACAAGGUUCUGCCUCAGAUUAAAGUUCACAAUGGAGGAGUGCAUGGAGCUGGAGUCCUUGGAUGUCACCUGGAGGGCCCGUUCAUCAGUGUGGAGAAGAAAGGAGCUCACCCGGAGCAGUUUCUCCGAACCUUCAAGUCCGGAGGGAUCAAGGACCUGAGAGAGGCCUAUGGCAGCCUGGACAACGUUGCCAUGGUGACACUGGCCCCCGAGCUGGCCAGCAGCCAAUCAGUGGUGAGGGAGCUCUGCCAGAGAGGCAUCACUGUGUCGUUAGGUCACUCUGUGGCCAACCUGUCCCAGGCUGAGGAGGCUGUUCAGCACGGAGCCUCCUUCAUUACUCACCUCUUUAACGCCAUGCUGCCUUUCCACCACCGGGACCCUGGUAUAGUGGGUCUGCUGACCAGUGAUCAGGUUCCUGCAGGCAGGACGGUGUACUACGGCAUGAUAGCUGACGGGAUUCACACAAACCCCGCCGCCCUACGCAUUGCUCACAGAGCUCACCCUUCAGGUUUGGUGUUGGUGACGGAUGCGAUCAUGGCAAUGGGCCUCCCUCCUGGUCAUCACACUCUGGGCCAGCAGGUCAUUGAGAUCCAGGGUCUCCACGCUUAUGUGGCAGGCACAACAACAUUGUCUGGCAGCAUAGCCACGAUGGACAUGUGUGUGCGGCAUUUUAAACAUGCUUCAGGCUGCAGUGUAGAGGAAGCUCUGGAAGCUGCUUCGCUCCAUCCUGCUCAGCUUCUGGGUAUCAGCCACAGGAAGGGAAACCUGGACUACAGAUCAGACGCAGACCUGGUUUUGCUCGAUGACGCCCUCAGUGUCAAAGCCACCUACAUUUCUGGAGAGGAGGUUUGGAGAAAAGGACCAUAGAGAAAGAGAAGAAGAAGAAGCCUGCAGAUGGACACUGGCCCAACAGCUAGGACCUGUGGUGCCUUCAGGAGACACUCUUAACCGCAAAACCAUAAAUCUGUUGAAUGUUUUAGUUCAUCAGAAAACACAGUGAACUUUAUUGUCUCCUUUUAAAAGAUAGGUUAGUGAAGAGCAGGGUUUGUCCAAACAGUUGAUCUGUCAGUCAGUGGGUUGGUCCAACACAUUAGUCCAGGGUGAAAAAACGAUGAUACUAUUGGAUUUAAUACUGUUAAAAUGUAGUACAGAAAUUCAUGGUUCCCAGAGGAUGAUAUCUUAUGACUUUUCUUUUAGUCCCACCAACAACUCAAAACUCCCAUUUGUCACAUUUUUGAGUCUCAAUUGUAAAAAGUUCAGUUUAGUUUAAGUACAACUUAGACUGAUGAGUAUGAAGUAUAUCUGAACCUGACAUGCUGAGCCUUAUGGCCCAAGCUGACACUGUGCCGCAGUCAGUUUUUGGCUGUUGGUGAGCGUCUGUUGACCUGCUUGCUGCUGUGUGUCAGGCUAGGUUGGCCCCAUGGAUGCCUUAAAGAGUCUGGAUACAGCAUUCGGAGGUGAGGCUUAAAUCUAGUAGUGAAGGGGGGGUUUGACGCCCAAAAAAUUGACCGACCCAGACGGUGUAAUUCCACUUCAUAAAAUUUGCAUCACAGCAUGGCGCACUUCCCGGGGGUUUGCUUGGCCCUUGUUGGGGCUAGCUGUCUUUUAUUUAACCAGUUCAUCAUGAUGAAUUGCAGACAGCAGAGCCCAUCUGUGAAAUCACUCUGACAAGCAGUUCAGCUCAGCGCACAAGAAGAGAAACAGACAUGAGAAAAGUAAUCAAACAACUAAAGUCAUGAGAUAGUAGCCAUUGAGCUCUUUAGCAGAAAGGUUUCCUGAUGGUUUGUGUUGUCGUUCACUGGCGCACAGUAAAUAUGCUUGGUCCUUUAACAUUGGAUUGUGUGGUUAAUGUGCUGGUAUGAGUUAUUUCAUUCAGGUGCAGAAUAUACGUGCUGGUUAGUUGACAGCUGUAGUCUCUGCAGUGUGUUCAUGUGCGACUGUUUGGCCGAGACACAAGUGAUGGAUAUGAGGCAAUGCAGCAGGGGGCCUUGGUCGCCACUAGUUCUCUGAUUUUGGUUUGGUGUGUCUGGGCCCUUAAAGGAACAGUGUGUAAGAUUGAGGGGGGUUUAGUGACAUCAAGUGUUGACAAUUGCAGAUUGGCAACCAGCUAAAAUUUUUCCUAUUGGGAUUCUUUCAGUGUUUAUUUUCAGGAGGUUUUUUACUGAGAAAAUAAAGCAGUUUCACAUUAAAAAAAGUACAGUGAACUACAGCAGCUAAUGCAAAAAACACCAAUGGCCCUUUUUUUCCUCUGCGCUGCUGUAAAAACAUGGCAGUCUCCAUAGACAAGGACCCAUUAUGUAGACAUAUAGGGCUUAAUCUAAGGUAUUGAAAACACGACAGUUCUUAUUUUCAGAUGAUUAUACACUAAAGAAAAAAAUACGGAUUAUAUUAUAUUCCAUUUCUGCCAAUAUAUUCCCCUAAAUCCUACCCACUGCACCUUGAAGUCUCAUUCCGACAGGGUUAAUAUUACUCCCAGACAUCUACUGUACUACUUUAGAUUUCUUUGUAUUGUAUUCAUGAGCAUUGACCAGGCUGCUCUGUGUUAGGACAGAUACAGCCAACUUUAAACUUUACUUUCUUUUAUUACAUGAGUUGACUGAUGUUAACAAGGGAUCUAUCAGGUUUAUAAAAUCCUUUGGUACUUCAAGUGUCUCUGGGGACCGUACUUAAAUUACAGAAGAGCCAAUUAAUUACAGGUAGCUGUCUGUAAUUAUUAUUCAGAAUGGGGCUGAAAAAUCACAGACACGGGAGCUCCAGAUUGAAUUAAAAUCACAAAUUCACGCAGUUAAUAUAAAAAUCACCCCACUUCCCCUAGAGAUACAAAUCCCUUCUAAAUAGGGCUUUAGAUGUCCUAAAAAGGUCAUAGUACAGAGGAUAAACCUUUCAGAUAUAGAAAAAAAGGCUGACCUUUCAGAUUCCUACAUCAAAGAAUAGCAAAGUUGUCUCUUGAUAUUUCAUCCAUCCACAAAUAUUUCUUUUGGACCUAUAAUGAGCAUCACAGCCUCACAGGGCUGCUACAGAUUGGUUGGACUGACUUCACUAAUAACCAGUACUUUGAUUUUCUUUUUCAAAAAUUCAAAUUUUUAUAUCUUUUAAUCAAGUAUCAGCAAUCAAAUUCUGACUCAUAGCACUCUGAGCAUUUUUAAGGUGUAUUCAGAGUGCAAAUGUGUUUAAAUUGCAUAGAGGAUGCAACAUAUUAAGAGUUUUAUGAAUGAUUAUACACUUUAUGAAACAGGUUUUUAUUUGUCUGCAUUCAGAUGCGUUCCUGUUUGUUUUAAACCCUUUAUGUAGAUGUGCUUUAAAAGGAAGCAUUUUGGUAUUAAACUACAAAAAUCAGCUUUUGGUGUAUGUUAACAUAACUUGACUGUUGUUCGUUUAAGCAAUAACAUUUACUUUUGCUAUA